CCCUGCUACACCAGUAAGUUGACUCACUGUACAAUACCUCUCCCCUUCACUCUACUGCAGGGUGGGAGAUAAAACAAUGGUCUUGAGAACAGCAGGAAGUGUGUUGGGGGUCUUUCUCUGGUCUGUAGCAGUUGUACUGGGUCAGGAUGGCUGGAGUGUUACAUACACCCCUCAGAGUAUCUGUACCUUGAAGGGGUCAACAGUGGAGAUGUCCUGCUCUUACACAUAUCCUAGUGGUUAUAUCGUCACAUCAACCUUCUGGUUCACUAAAAAUGAUGCUGAGGGGAAUCCUGUUAGUCUGAGUGAUGACGCAGACUACAAAGCUCGUGUGACGUAUCAUAAAGAUAACAAGAAUGACUGCACUCUGAGAAUCACAGACCUGAGAGAGAGUGACUCAGCUACGUACAAGUUCAGAUUUAUAACAGAUCAGACUGGAGGGAGAUUUACUGGCAGUCCUGGAGUCACUCUGUCUGUCACAGGUCUGCAGGUGAAGGUGACUCCUUAUUCAGUUGUAUCAGCGUGGAAGACACUGACUUGCACCACCUGUGUUCUGACUGGUAACCCCACCUACAUCUGGUACAAGAACGGACAGAUAGUAACGGACAACACUUCUCCCUAUUCAGUCUACCCUGAUGCUGCAGACAGCUACUCCUGUGCUGUAAAAUCCAAUGAGGAUCUCCACACUCCUGCAGUGUGUGUUCAGGAUCAGAGCUGCAACAGAGUAACUUAUACUGACAAUAGUAUCUGUGCCUUGAAGGGGUCAUCAGUGGACAUAUCCUGUACUUAUUCCAGUUAUCAUCCGAUCAAAACAACAUUCUGGUUUAGAAGUGAUAAGUCGGCCCCUGAGGACCUAACCAGAGACCCAGAGUAUGCAGGUCGGGCCCUGGAGAGCCUUCCCUCCAUCCUGAGAAUCACGGAUCUGAGAGAGAGCGACUCAGCUGAGUAUAAAUUCAGAUUCAACACACAGAUCUCAGGAUGGGGGUACAGCUUCCCUGGAACAACUCUGUCGGUCACAGCAUUGGGGCGGCAGGUAGCCUAG